AUGCCUGCUGCCACUUCCAGCGCUAAUGGCGUAAAUGGCAAUGGCACGAGCAGCACCGUCGCCAGCACCAGCAACCCGACGGGCGGCCUAUCUGCUAACGACAACAUUCGCCGUUUCGCCGCGCCCAGCCGGCCGCUGAGUCCCCUUCCUGCACACGCCCUCUUCAACGACAAGACAAGAUGCUUCGUCUACGGUCUGCAGCCCCGUGCCGUGCAGGGCAUGCUCGACUUCGACUUCAUCUGUAAGCGCGCCACGCCCUCGGUUGCCGGCAUCAUCUACACAUUCGGCGGCCAAUUCGUCAGCAAGAUGUACUGGGGCACCAGCGAGACUCUCCUGCCCGUUUACCAGGAGGUCAACAAGGCCGUGGCCAAGCACCCAGAUGUUGAUGUCGUCGUCAACUUUGCUUCCUCGCGAAGUGUAUACAGCUCCACCAUGGAGCUGAUGGAGUACCCCCAGAUCAAGACGAUUGCAAUUAUUGCAGAAGGUGUUCCCGAGCGCCGAGCUCGCGAGAUUGCCCAUGUCGCAAAGAAGAAGGGUGUCACCAUCAUCGGGCCCGCUACUGUCGGUGGCAUCAAGCCCGGCUGCUUCAAGAUUGGUAACACGGGUGGCAUGAUGGAUAACAUCGUCGCCUCCAAGCUGUACCGCAAGGGCUCCGUCGGCUACGUCUCCAAGUCGGGCGGCAUGUCCAACGAGCUGAACAACAUCAUCGCACAGACCACGGACGGCGUCUACGAAGGCGUUGCUAUUGGUGGCGAUCGGUACCCGGGAACGACCUUUAUCGACCAUCUACUACGCUACCAGGCGGAUCCUGCUUGCAAGAUCCUCGUGCUGCUCGGAGAGGUCGGCGGUGUCGAGGAGUACAAGGUCAUUGACGCUGUCAAGCAAGGCAUCAUCACCAAGCCAAUUGUUGCCUGGGCCAUUGGUACCUGCGCGAGCAUGUUCAAGACCGAGGUCCAGUUCGGCCACGCCGGUGCUUUUGCGAACUCGCAGCUCGAGACGGCUGCCAUGAAGAACAAGCAGAUGAAGGAGGCCGGUUUCUACGUGCCCAACACGUUUGAGGACAUGCCCGAUCUCCUCAAGUCGGUCUAUAACAAGCUCGUCAAGGAAGGCACCAUCAAGCCCCAGCCGGAGCCCGUGGUUCCCAAGAUCCCUAUCGACUACUCGUGGGCGCAGGAGCUUGGCCUCAUCCGCAAGCCAGCGGCUUUCAUCUCCACCAUCUCGGACGACCGUGGCCAAGAGCUCCUCUACGCCGGCAUGCCAAUCUCGGACGUGUUCCGGGAGGACAUUGGCAUUGGUGGUGUCAUGUCCCUGCUGUGGUUCCGCCGCCGCCUGCCCGACUAUGCCUCCAAGUUCCUCGAGAUGGUGCUCAUGCUGACGGCCGAUCACGGCCCGGCUGUGUCUGGCGCCAUGAACACUAUCAUUACCACGCGUGCCGGCAAGGACUUGAUCAGCGCCUUGGUCAGUGGUCUGCUCACGAUCGGCUCACGGUUCGGCGGUGCUCUAGAUGGCGCUGCCGAGGAGUUCACCAAGGCGUCAGACAAGGGCCUGAGCCCGCGCGAGUUUGUGGACACGAUGCGUAAGCAGAACAAGCUCAUUCCCGGAAUUGGGCACCGCGUGAAGUCGCGUAACAACCCGGAUUUGCGUGUAGAGCUCGUCAAGGAGUACGUCAAGGCGAAGUUCCCCAGCCACAAGCUGCUCGACUACGCGCUAGCAGUCGAGACGGUCACGACAUCAAAGAAGGACAACCUGAUUCUGAACGUGGACGGAUGCAUCGCCGUGUGCUUCGUGGAUCUGCUACGGAAUUGCGGUGCCUUCAGCGCCGAGGAGGCUGAGGACUACCUGGGUAUGGGUGUGCUCAACGGUCUCUUCGUGCUCGGGCGCAGCAUUGGUCUCAUUGCUCAUUAUCUCGAUCAAAAGAGACUGCGCACCGGUCUCUACCGCCAUCCGUGGGACGACAUCACGUACCUGCUCCCCAGCCUGCAACAGGCUGGCCCGCCGGGUGCCGAGGGCCGUGUGGAGGUUCAGAUUUAA